AAUGAAGUGCCUAAAUACACACAGGUAAGUUGUAGGGGCUUGUGUAACUAAUAAUAUGGAAACUCAAAUAGUCAUUUGUGAAGUGCCGAAAAAUGUUAGGUUAUAUAAAAGGGGGAGCGCAUAAACAAAAUAAUAAACAGAAUUAUAUAUAAAUAUGUAUAAAAUUUCCAAAUAUGUAUGUAUGUGUUUAUUAAUUCUGUUUUUAAACGGUAGACUCGUACAGUUAGUCAAAGCAGUAAACAUGCUUGUAUCCACAAAAAAGGAAAUCCUCUAAGUUUCUGAUAUAAACAAAUUUGGCAAAAAUUAGAUCUGACAAAUAAAAUUUGAGCCCAACAAAUUUUAAAUCGUGCUAAAUAAAUUAAUAUCGUGUAAAAAACAAAUUUUUUUUAUACAACUAUUACUGAAGAUUAGAUUACUGAAAUAAUUUCUAUUAACUUAAAUCUUUAGACGAAACCUAGAUCUCCAGCAGCAAAACAAUUAUACGCAUUCUAAUACUGUUAUCACCCGAUAACCACAACCCUCGACAGACAAUUCGUCGUAUUCAUUAAAGCAAAAGCCCAGUAUUCUGGAAAAACUGAAGAGUGGUGUUUCAGUUAGAUACAUUGAUCAAAUUAUAUCAAACGAAAUUAAUUAUGACGGUGAUAAUGCUAGAGUGGAAUAAAUUGUCCACUAUAUGCUAUAGUUGCCCGAUCCAUACAAUUUCUUCCAUGCAAAAUUUGGUGAGGAUAUUUUGCCAAAUAAAAAUAUUUUCCAUACAAGAAUUCGAUUUUGAUCGUUCAGUUUGUAUGGCAGUUUGUCCGAAUACAAAUAUACAUAGUAUGUAACGAAAUUGAUGAUGAUCAAAGCUUUAUAGAAUCCGUUAACACUGUAAUUGAUAGUUUGCGGAAAAUAAUUAUAACAUGUUUGUUUUAAUAGAGCUUAAUUCCUAAUUUUCCAAAAAAAAUGCAUUUACUAAUAGAAUAUUUAAAAAACAAUUAUCUGCACAUAUUAAGUAACUUUAUUUUUAAAUAUUAUAUGUUUUACUAUUUGAUAAAUGUACUACAAGUAUAUACAUUAGUAUUUACAACGAUCGAUCUCGGUAAAUGCAAUGACUCGAUGCGGUUACCAAGAGAGUACCGUAUAUACCAUACACAAUUUCUAAUCACAGGCAUAUCAAUUCUAAUAAUCGCAAAAAAAUCGGUAAUAUCAAAAUUCACGUUAACCCUUAGAGUGCUCCCUUCAAAAUGUAUCAACAUAUAAAUUGGCUGCCAAGUGGAUGUAAUGGGGCAAAUCUAGUAUGAAUGUAAAAAAAUUUUUUUUUUCAAAUUUACUAAAAUUACUAAGAGAUCAAAUCGAUAUCUCAAAUAGUUUUUGGGUUGAGCCUUUUAAAGUUUAGCGCCUCAAUUCAAUCAGCUAUAUUUUCCAAGUUUACUUGAGCAAUUUAACAAGUUUUUAGUCCCAAUUCUCACAAAAUUGGACAACAUUAGAUUUUGUUUAAUUUUUGUUUGCUUUGUAUUGAACUUGCACUUUUUUUGCAUAAACUCAGUUUGCACGCUGAAGUAAAAUGUAAUUAUUUUUUAAUGCCGAAAUUGGAAAAUUUGGUUUAUUUUCAAUGAGCAGACCCAUUAUUGGCAUUCUCGACUAAAUAUAGAAUUUUCUUUUUGACCAUUUAAAAUAUGAUUUCACAUAAGCACCUUGCAAUGUUUUGGUUAAAUUUUAUUCUAAAUUGAAUUAUUAUUAAUGUCAAGAAAUCCCAAAAUCAGAUGAUGAAGUAUGUAGUAUUUUAAGCAUAAUUUCCAUUUUUGUUACAUUCGGGCAACUUUGAAGAGAUCAAACAUCUUAUAAAUCUAAUGAACUUUAACAGGAUAUGUUUUUUAUAAUUUAACUAAUAUGUACAAUCAGCGUACAUGGCUUUAAAAAGUAUGUAAUUUAGCAGUAAAUCAAAACAGUUUCAAAUAAUUUUUAAAUUACGUUAAUCACAAUGAAAAAGGCACGGUACCUUUUAACCUUCAGGUAUCAAUUUAGGUUAACAAAUGCAUGUAUUUAUAAGAGUGAGCACACAAUACAUGUUUGGUUUCAGCUAUUAUUCGCCAGCAAUCGUAUUUGUGAACAACGUUUUCACGAAGAGGCUUGCCUUAUCUAUUGAAAGCUAAUGAGUUAUUCAUGUUGGCGAAUAUAGCAAAAGAGAGAGUUAAUAAUGCAAUGUGCCGAUCGGCGCAUUUCACAGCGGAGAGGGAUAUCAAAUUUGGUUUGUUCCUAGCGACGUGGUCCAUAAGUCAAUCACUUUAGUUCCAAUAAAAUCUGCCUUAAUUAUAAAGUAUAUUAAAAGCUUCAUUGUAGCAAAAAUGGCAAAUCCUAACCAAUCGCCAAAGUAUACACAGGUGAGUGUGUGUAAAGGUGCCCAUUCACAUUGCAAAACUAUAGGAAUAAAAAAGUUGCUCAAAUGCGCUUGUUACUGCAUAUGUAUGUAUUGAUAAAGUUUUAUUAUGUAUGAUUAUACCGUUUUUUAUUUAGUUUACAUCGGUAAUUCGAUUUAAAUCUUGUAUAACCAUAAGGCAUAAUACUGAAUAAAACUUUUGGAUACUAUUUUUAUACAUAAUAAGUUAUUUGAUCACAAAUUUCUCAGUUUAUUGUUUUCAUGUCGAGGUGUACGGAUAAUUUUUCUGGCGAGUGUAUAAUAUAUUUAUAUAUAUACUCGUAUACACUUUAUAGGGUCUCCGACGUUUUAUUUGGGUAUUACAAAUGUAGUGAAAAACUUAAUAUACUAUUUUCAGGAUACAUUGUCACAUUGAAAAUAUGUUAAAAGUAGUAAUUUUCUAGUUUGCAAAAUAACAUCGCUGGCAGUAGAUAUGUACAUAUAAUCUAUCUAUAAUCUAUAAUUUUAUAAAUACCUUACCUUUUUGCUUAAAAUACUACAAAACUAGAAAAUGCUAGCACUCAUUUCUCUUUGUCAAAAUCAAAAAAAUUAUUUGAUUAAAAAAUCCUACUAUCUUCAUUUUUGUUUAUAUUGAUAGGGAUAUGUUAAGCUCCAACGCCAAACAUGUUUUGCUAAAUUUCAGGAGAAAAAAACAGAAUUUACGAAAGUCUUUGAAUAACGGUGCUAAUAAAAACUCCAGCUGUAAGUUUCAAGUGAACCAGAAUUAAAUAAAGUGACUGAGAAACCAACGCAAAAAAAGGUUUUCUAUGAGCGUUUGCGCUCAUGCAAGCACAAAAAAUCCUACGCUUUUUAUCAACAAUGAGUUCGUCGACGCCGUAUCUGGUAAAAAGUUUCCAACCAUCAAUCCUGCAACUGGUAAACUGAUAGCCCAAGUUGCUGAAGGUGAUAAGGCAGACGUUGACUUGGCUGUGGCUGCCGCAAAGAACACAUUCCGUAGAAACUCUGAUUGGCGCAAACUGAGUCCACUCCAACGCACAGACCUGAUAAACAUACUCUGCAGCCUCAUGGAACGCGAUAAGAGCAUAUUGGCCAGCCUUGAGACACAAGAUAAUGGCAAGCCUUAUGCUGACUCUGUUUUCGAUAUUGACAUCGCCAUUAUGACAUUUAAAUACUAUGCCGGCUGGACCGAUAAGUUUUAUGGCGAUACGAUUCCUGGAGGUGAAUUCAUUGUACAGACACGUAAAGAACCCGUUGGUGUGGUUGGUCAAAUCAUUCCCUGGAAUUAUCCAAUACUUAUGUUGGCCUGGAAGUGGGCGCCAGCUCUCGCUGUUGGUUGCACGAUCGUCUUGAAACCAGCCGAACAGACACCACUCACUGCACUGCACUUGGCUGCUUUGACUAAGGAAGCUGGUUUUCCAGCUGGUGUAAUCAAUGUCAUACCCGGCUACGGUCCUACCGCAGGUGCUGCGAUAUCAGAACAUCACGAUAUACAGAAGGUCGCCUUCACUGGUUCCGCAGAAAUUGGCCGCAUUAUUAUGCAGGCGGCAGCCAAAUCGAAUUUGAAGCGCGUUACGCUGGAAUUGGGUGGCAAGAGUCCGGUUGUGGUGUUUGAAGACGCUGACAUUGACUUGGCGGUGGAUAUUACUCACGAAGCUCUUUUCUCAAAUCACGGGCAGAGUUGCUGUGCCGGUAGUCGCACAUAUGUGCACGAAAAGAUUUACGAUAAGUUUGUUGCCAAAGCUGUGGCGGCAGCCAAAGCCCGCAAAGUUGGUAAUCCAUUCGAUGAGUCCGUUAAACAAGGACCACAAAUCGAUGACGAAAUGGUUAAUAAGGUCUUGGAUUAUAUUGAAAGUGGCAAGAAAGAGGGCGCCAAGUUACAAUGCGGUGGCAAGCGCAUCGGUAAAGUCGGUUACUUUAUCGAACCUACAGUGUUCUCGGAUGUUACCGAUAAAAUGAGAAUCGCACAAGAGGAGAUCUUCGGACCGGUUCAGUCAAUCUUCAAAUUCAGCAACAUUGAGGAGAUCAUUGACCGUGCCAAUGAUGUGGUAUACGGUCUCGCAGCUGGUGUUAUAACCAAUGACAUUAAUAAGGCAACGAAAUUCGCUAACAACGUCAAUGCCGGUUCAGUUUGGAUCAAUUGCUAUGAUGCCGUACUACCGCAAACUCCUUUCGGCGGCUACAAACAGUCUGGUAUUGGUCGUGAGCUGGGCAAAGAUGGUUUGGACAGUUAUCUGGAAACCAAAACAAUCACCAUGAAGCUAGUCUAGAGUCUCGACUAAAGUCUGCCAACUGAAUUGUAUAUAUAUAUAUAUAUACAUAUAUAUAUAUUAAUUGACAACAUUAAGAAUAUACGAACAUAUUAAAAUUAAUAAAUAUACAUAAAACUAUCCCAUGAAGUUAAUCUAGACUAAAGUCUGCCAACUGAAUUGCGCAAAAAAUUCUAUAACCUUUUUUCUGUACUAUUCCACUUAAUUAAUUUCUAUCGUAUAUGAUAAUGCUGAAAGAAAUAAUGUAACUGUGACUUUAUAGUUUCGUAUCAAGGCAGCACGACGCCUUGGCAUUGAUUACACAAAUUUUUGGCAUCUUUAUGAUGAAAUUGAGCUACAAGCUAGUUUUACCUGCUUCCAAAGCUCAUUAACAUCGACUUCCUUUUAUAUGUCUGCCCGCAAGGCAUCUUCGUUCGGGAGACAUCUUCGUUCGGGAGACACUUAUUUGCCAUUUUGUUUGUGUGCUUAGGAUAAUUAUCUUGCUGGAAAACCUAACCAAUGGCAUUUUAUCACUACCAUGGGGCCUCGUGGUUGCAUGCAUAAUUCUGACAUAACUGAGCCGAUUCAUGAUAUCCUUGAUUCAGUGUAUUGGCUCUACGAAAUAGUGAUAAAAACUGCCCUCUCCAUUAUAUGUGAACAGUUUGAUACAAUGAUUUGGAUUAAAUUCGGUUUUGGACGGUCUUUUCACUGACGAGACCUUUUUCAACAAGCAGAAUAUUUUUAGACACUAAUCCAUUCAAACUUUCGUGAAAAUAUCUUGUCAAGUAAAAAAUUUGUACAUAGAAGGCCUUGAUUUUGAUCGUUUAGUUUGUAUAGCAGCUAUAUGCUACAAGUAUAGAGCAAAUGACGUGCGCAAAAUUUAAAAUCUUUAUAAUAAUACCUAUAUAAAAAUUAGCGAUAAGAAUACGAUAAAAUAUCGCUAAAAGUCAGUUUGUUAAACAAGUAGACCUGAAGAUUGUACUGUCAAUGAUAUGACCUUGUGUAUGAACACUAUCUUGAGGAUUGCAGCCGAUAGGCAACCGCAUACCAAAUACUCAAGAUCAGUUGCCUACUGUAUUUUGCGACCUUUGAAACUUGAAUAAAACUUGCGAUAUGUGCAAAUUAAUUCACGUCUAUUAAACAUAAUGAUUUCAAAUUUUAAUAAACGUUGUUUUUUCCCUUUCCUUAUGUUUCA